AUGUGUGAAAUUCAGGAUUAUUCUGUCGAGCUUAAGGAUAUUUAUACCAAUAAAUAUUCGUGGUGCUCAGACAUGGAUUUAUACAUCACAGACUCACUGCAGGACAUGCUGGACAUGGAUAUCAAGAAUGAAAUCGCAACAGACCUUAGCAGUAUGACGGAUUUUCAAGAUUCUUUAGGAGCAAACUUCUCAGAAUUGCCUCCUUUAUUAGAUAUGGACACUGAUAACUCAACAACGUGGCUCAACAACAGUUCCAGUUUUGUUCAUAAUCUAGAUUUGUAUGGCUCCGAGGCAAACGCUGUAAUGGUUAAUCCAAAUUCAGUUAUGCCAUCGUCAUUUGUUGAAACUCCAGUGAAAAGUAUGGUAAAAGAAGAAGCUUCAAACUUAUUAUUAACCUCUGCUGUUGCUGAUGACGACCCGAGUAAUAGCAUAUCACUACCAAGUCCUAAAGAAGAAAAAAGUCAUCUAACGUUUUCUCCUAAUGCAAUUAAAGUGCCAAAAGUGGAAGAACCAGAAGAAUCAACAAAAAAAAAGAGCUCUGAAAUGGAAGAAGCAACACAGAUGGUUAUUUAUGUUCGUAAACACGAGAAGAACGUUGUUAAGGAUUUAUUAAAAGAUUUAGACAAAACUAAAGUUUCAAAUAUAACUACACCUACGACAGUCCGUAUAAGAAGCCAAUCAGAAUUAAUAAAAGUAAACAAUAAGAAUUGUUCUAUUCUAAAUACAAACCAAAAAGUUUCACAAGCUUUAGGGACGAAAACAAUAAUAUCUGGUAACAUACACAUAUUAGAUGCUCAUCAGAUCAGUCACUCUAGAACAAUUUUAGCCAAUGGUAAUAAGAACCAAGCUACAAUACUAAUCGAUAAUUCAUCGUUAAAUAACAAUAGACAUAUAAUUAAACCCUCAGUGAGUGGAGCAUUUACGGUAGAGAAUAGCCAAACUAAAUAUGUAAAUAGUUCUAGCAAAAAUAGUGGUGCUGAAUUUCCUAAGCCUGCAUACUCCUACUCUUGUUUAAUAGCAAUGGCAUUAAAAAAUUCAAGAACAGGUAGCUUACCUGUAUCCGAAAUAUAUAAUUUUAUGUGUCAGCAUUUUCCUUACUUUAAAACUGCACCGAAUGGUUGGAAAAAUUCUGUUAGACAUAAUCUAAGUUUAAACAAAUGUUUUGAAAAAAUCGAAAAGCCAUCCACAAAUGGAAGUCAGAGAAAAGGGUGCUUAUGGGCCAUGAAUCCUGCUAAAAUAGAGAAAAUGGACGAAGAAGUCCAAAAAUGGUCACGAAAAGACCCACAAGCAAUAAAGAAGGCUAUGGUUUAUCCAGAAAAUUUAGAGGCCUUAGAACGAGGUGAAAUGAAGUAUAGUGGUUUAGGUGGUGAUGCAGAAGUAGAUGAUGACGCGGACGUUGACGCUGAUGCUGAACUUGACGCUGACGUUGAAAUAGAUCCUGAAAUCAAAGAAGAAGUUGAAGAAGAAGAGGCUAUAAUAGAACAGGAAGUUUCAGACCAAGAAUUAGAAGUAGAAGAGGUGGUAGAAGGAACGGGUAUGGUCGGUGGUACCUAUCGACUAUUAGCAACUGGACCUUCGUCACUUACAUCCUAUAUAACAGAUGCUGAAUCUGGAGAGGAAGUUAGCGAUAUUGAAGUAUUAGAUCAAUCAUAUGAAGAAAUAGACAUUGAUGUCACAAAACCCAUGAAAUUAGACUUGUCAAUGACGGAAAAUUAUACUAUCCACACAGCUAAACGAGCAAAAACAAACUAUAUAUAUCAACCCGUGACAACUCAGACACACACAAGUAGAAGAAAAACGCCCCUCGUUAAUAGGAUCGCAUUAAUAUAG